AUGGGGGCGCAGCUCGUGAGGCCCCGUCGUGGCAGCCCCCGCGCCCGCACCCGCAGCAGCCUGCCACUUGGCACCUUCCUGGCGUUUGUGCUCCUGUCAAUCAUGCUGUACAGCGUGGCUCUGCCGGUGAACGACUCGGGGCCUCCCUCGCUGCUGCACCGCCGGAUUGCAGACAAGGUCCAGUCUGCUUUUGCGAGUCUGAGCGGAGGAACGGAAAAGAUAUCCAGGGAGCUGCUGGGGACUGCAGAGGGGGAAGAAAUUGCCGAGCAAGGGGGGGAAGAGAACGCCUUUGAUGAAGAGGUGCUGCAAAUAGACGGUGAGGAAAGGGCGAGUGCGCAAGUGACCAUAAAAGAUGAGGAAGAGAAGAACGUGUCGGCGAUUGCGGGGCCCCGGAACACGAGCCACGAUACCCGUUUGGUCAUCAACCAAAACGUCCCCCAGUCGGUCCAGGAGGUGGCAGGACAGCAGGCGAUGCACACCCCCACUUUCGAGGAAGAGGGCGAAACACAGCGCAAGCCUUUGGCGGAGGACUCGACCGCCGAAGCGGAUUGCUCGAAGCAGUCUGUGACUGAAGAGGAGCCCGACUAUAUGGCCAACAUAACCAACUACGACAUGUUGUGGAAACAGGGGAUGUGGUGGGUGCCGGAGCACCCCCGCCCGACGCUGACUAUCGGCGUGCUGGUGUAUAAGGAGAAGGAGAGCUUGCAGGCCGCGUUUGAGACGUGGCGCAAGGCGGGGCUGCUGGAAUAUGCAGACGAGGUCGUGGUGUAUUACCAGCUACUGGACGACGACAAGCUGCAUUGGUUGGACGACUUUGCACCGCUGUGCCGCGGCCCGCUGCGCGUCAUCGGCAGCCCCAACAACGAGGCCCUGCUGGCGGCCACUCAGUGGGUCAUUGGCAACGCGACUAUGGACUUGGUUCUGUUCCUCGAGAAGGACUGGCAGAUCCUGGAGACGCCGGAAGCGACCCUGCAACGGCUGGACGACGGUAAGAUGUUGCUCGAGUACGAUAUCGCCCACGUGGUGCGCUACCGGCACCGGACCAACCCAGGGAACCCGCUCUACUGCCAGGAGAUCUACCAGGGCCGCGAGAUGGAGAUCUUGAACAACCAGCCGAACCUGAUGUGCUGCGUACAUCAUUGGCUGCCCAACGCGGAGCUGGCGUCACCCAAGUACCAGCCGUACGUGUACAAGUGCCCUGCGCUACCCAAGCUUAACGGCGACAAGCACGUCAUCUUCGAGCGCAACCAGAACGACUGGUGGUGCUCGCGCGCGGAGCACUGCCUGUGGACCAACAACCCGUACUUGCUGCGCCGCGAGUGGUGGGACCGCCACUACAAGCCCAUGGUGGACGCGUUGAUCGACCAGUGGGACGGCUGGACGGAGCACCAGCGCGCACUGGAUAUCGAGUAUCUCUUCGGUUGGAACCCCGCCUUCUGGAACGCUAAGGCGUGGACCAUCGCGGUGGGCGAGGGCCUGUUCACACACGUGGAGAGGGCGGAGCACGUCGAGGUGGACUACAAGCAGCUGCGCGCUGAGGCCGACGAGCGGGACCGCGAGCGCGACCGGAAGCUGGCCGAGCAGAAAGCGGAAGCGGAAGGGAAGGAGAACGAGCGGCUCCGGAUCGAAGCAGAGACGCGCGACCAGCAGAAGCAGGCCUUGGUAAACACUCAAACAGCCACGGAAACGGAAACCAGGGCGGCGGAAACGGAAGUCCGGGCCGCGGAAGCGAGGCAGAAGUUGAGGGGCGAGGUCUUUGGGCGCAAGGUGGGCGGAGAAGAGGGGAUGGAAUCCGCUGAAGAGGAAGCGGACCCGGAAGCCGAAGCGGCGGAAGGAAUGGGGGUUGGCGACUCUCUGCUGUUGGAGAAGCCCACAAGUAAAUUGGACGAUUCGGAAGAGACAGACGUGCCGAUUCAUCUACGGACUGAUCUUCCGAUCUGGGAGCUGCACACUCAGCCGAGCGAGGAGUGGGUCCAGCGCGGCCGUCGGAUACUGGACCAGUGCACCUUGGACGACCCAGAUGGUGCCACGUCAGCCAGCGAGAACCCCAACCCGGCGGUUAAGGGCGACAUCACCCUAGUGACCGCGCUUCUAGACCUUGGGCGGGGGGGCGAGACAAACGGGAUGUUCAAGCGGGGGAUGGACGAGUAUUUCGCGCGGUUCCAGCGGAUCUUGGACCGGGGUUUUCCGAUGGUGGUGUACAUGCCGGCGGAAUUCCGGGAGCACCUGCGGAUCGACGAGGCCCGCGUGCAAGUGCGGGAGCUGACCGUGGACGGGCUGAAAGACGAGGCCCUGUUCGGGCCGUACUGGAACGCCGUGCAGUUGAUCCGGACCAGCGACUUGUGGCAGCGGCAAGCGGCCGUGACCGGGUGGCUGGACAAGGCCCCCCAGGCAGUCCUGCUGGGCUACAACCCCCUGGUCAUGUCCAAACCAUUCCUGCUGCAAAAGGCGGCGCACGAGAACCCCUUCGGCACCAAAUACUUCAUGUUCCUAGACGCGGGCCACGCGUGCGCGACUGAGAUCACCCCCGGUCAAACCAGCCUGUUCGAGGAGCACAUGGACCGGUUGUUCGCCACGUAUUGGCGGUACGCUUCGACGACAGAAGUGCACGGACUUACCGACAAGGCGAUGCACCUGUACAUGGGCCAGCCGGAGGACCCGCUCAAGAUCGUCCGGGGGGGUAUCCUCGGCGGGAGAACGGCGGUGAUCGACUGCCUGGUAGACGUGUACCGGGUGGUGCUCGCGCAGACGCUUGAGGACGGCUACAUGGGCACUGAGGAAAACUUGCUGGCCAUUCUGUACGCGCGCUUCCCGGAGCUCUUCCACGCUUUCGACAACGACUCAAGGGGGACGCCGUGCGACAACUGCGCCGCCUUUUCGGCGAACCUUGAGCGGUACAAAGCAACGGCACAAUGA